AUGUCUACAUUCAACACCCAAUAUACCACUUCCAUUCCGUCGCCAUUCGACCUUGACUGCGCAACUCGCAUGCCCCCAACACUGGCCCCAAACAACACCCGUCAAACGGAAAUUUAUCCCACUCCGCCUAUGAAUAUGUCUUCUCCCCAAACAAACUCCCACCGAGUCAGCAAGGCCAUGAAGGGAAAGCGAGUUCAUGCGUGCGAGCGCCCUGGGUGUUCAAAGGUUUUCACCAGAGCCGAACACCGCAGACGACAUGAGCUCAGCCACGAGCCUAAAAAGCAGUAUCCAUGCACGUACAAAGGAUGCCAAAAAGCAUUCCAUCGCCCAGAUUACUUGACUCAACAUUUGGGUCGGCAUGCGACCUCAGCGCUAAAGGAAAACACAUCAUACACCCACAACCCAUCGCCUCGUCGCUCAAGCCCGCGACAGCAAAUGCAGUCGCAACCAACCAACUCAGCCCCAAUUCCAUUUCAACCCGACACCAAUUAUUCCGGCGUGUGGGGAAGCAUGGAUUCUUCAAUGUCAUGUCCCCAGUACUCUAGGGGCCAGAGCCAGUCUUCCACAUCUGUUGAUGACCACCCAUCCCCGUACUCCUAUACGAACGAAACCUACACGAACGAGAUCUGCAGCUCACCCGUCGCGAGCGACUCUUUUACGAACCCCCAAUAUCCCACUUCGGGCAUGCCAGUAGAGAUGGUAACUGCCAUCGAUCAAUAUCUCCGGAGCAUUCUAAAACCUGAAGCCUUUUCCUCGCCCCAGCAAAUGGACCCGGCGAUUUGGAGCUCGGAAAUUGAUAUCGAUCCUACGUUGACGAAGAUCGAGAGCACAGACCAACUACCACUCUACCUAUGGCCUCCCCCACACCAGUUGCAAUACGAGGAUCAUCCAGUACAGAUGAACCAGCCAUCCGGCAAUCGCUGA